CUCCUCGAGGAGCCGCUGCCUCGUGGGCCCCACCCUGGGCCGCGCCUCCCCGUCGCCGCGCAGGUGAGGGGGGUGUGGGCCCCGCUCCACCGCUGGCCCGCCCGCUCCGCCGUACGGCCGCCGCUGGUGCCAUGACGACAUCCUCUCUGACCGCGGGCCCCAUGACGACAUCCUCCUCCCUGACCGCGGGCCCCACCCCCUUCCCGUUCCUUCCUCCCUCUCUCUGGCCUCGCAUGCAGAUGCGCCGCGCGCGCGUGGCGGCCUAGAGAGCCUAUAUCUAUGUCAUCCGCAGCCGCAGGCUGACGCGAGAGGAGUUGCAGCCGCGCGGCAUCGGGCGGGAGUUCGUUUAAUUCGGCUGUUCGAGACGCGGGAGUAGAGGAGAAAGGCGGGUUGGAUUGCUUUUUACCUAUCCAUCGGCAAUGGCGUUCUUCGAGGUGAGGCUUCUGCUCCUGAGUCCUGAGCCCCUGCUCCCUGCUCCCUUCCCUUUCAGAAAAUGGAGUCGUCGUCGUCGUCGUCGUACAUCCCCUUCAUCCGCCAAAUCGCAGCGUCGGUGUCGGCGGCGAGCUGCGACGCGGUGGUGGGCGGCGGCGGUGACAAGGACGAGGAGUGCCGCGACGAGGCGGCGGCUCUGCGGCUCAAGAUGGUGGCCGUCGCGGCCAUCCUCAUCGCCGGCGCGGCCGGGGUCGCCAUCCCGCUCGUCGGCCGGAGGCGGCGUGGCGGUGGCGGUGGCGGUGGCGGGGGCGCGUCCUCCGGCGGGCUCUUCGUGCUCGCCAAGGCGUUCGCGGCGGGGGUGAUCCUGGCCACGGGGUUCGUCCACAUGCUGCACGACGCGGAGCACGCGCUCUCCAACCCCUGCCUCCCGCACUCCCCCUGGCGGCGCUUCCCCUUCCCGGGGUUCGUCGCCAUGCUCGCCGCGCUCGCCACCCUCGUCGUCGACUUCGUCGGCACCCACUUCUACGAGCGGAAGCACCGCCAGGAGGAGGCCGCCGCGGCCGCCGAAGAGGCGGCCGCCGCGCUGCUCGAGGACGGCGGCGCGCUGCCGGUCGGGGACGGCGAAGGACGGGAUGGACGAGGCGGGAAGCGGGACGCCAUGCACAUCGUCGGGAUACACGCCCACGCGGCCGCUCACCGGCACAGCCAUGCGCACGUCCACGGCGCGUGCCAUGGGGGAGCUGUGAAUGACGCCCACGCGCACGGCCAUGGCCACGGGCACGAGGAGGGCCCCUCCGCUCGCCAUGUGGUUGUCUCGCAGAUUCUGGAGCUGGGAAUUGUAUCUCACUCGGUCAUCAUUGGCCUAUCGUUGGGCGUCUCUCAGAGCCCGUGUACAAUCAAACCUCUGGUUGCUGCCCUCUCAUUCCACCAGUUCUUCGAGGGUUUUGCGUUGGGCGGCUGCAUUUCUGAGGCUCAGUUAAAGAACUUCUCUGCUUUCCUGAUGGCUUUCUUCUUUGCUAUCACAACACCUGCUGGGAUCACUGUGGGGGCGGCGGUUGCAUCAUUUUACAACCCCAACAGCCCCAGAGCGUUGGUGGUGGAGGGAAUUCUGGACUCGAUGUCGGCUGGUAUACUGAUCUAUAUGGCAUUAGUGGAUCUUAUUGCUGCUGAUUUUCUUAGCCGGAAGAUGAGCUGCAACCCAAGGCUUCAAGUGGGCUCGUAUAUAGCUCUGUUUCUUGGGGCCAUGGCCAUGGCAGCCCUGGCAUUAUGGGCUUAGUCUGUAGACUUUAAGUAAGACGAAGCUUGGGAGAAACUGCUUGGUGUUCAAUGUGCUAGGAGUUACUCCCUAGCUUCUUAUGAUUCUGUAGGAAGAUGGGCUCUUCUUUUUCUUUUCGGUCAUUGUUCUGUUUGUUUGUUCUUUCUAUGGCAAUGGGUUAUACAAGUCCCUCCUUUUGUUCGUACAAAACAAAGUCCCUCAUCGGGAUUUUUCAGACGGAUAUAUACUGCAAGGAAUAAAGAGUUCUUGAGUUCAACCCUC